AUGACUAAUCUCAUGACAUGUUUUGACUCAAAGGUUUCAGACUUGGUUGCUCUUCCCGAUUUUGCCGCUGGAGCUAUGGAAAAUUGGGGUUUGGUAACAGAAAACAGCCUUCUUUACGAGAAAAAGGUGUAUGCUCCUGAAAACAAACGCAGGAUAGUUCAGAUAGUAGCUCAUGAACUUGGGCACCAGGUGAGCACUGAAACUUUUCUGAUUGAAGUAGGUUUUGGAUCCACACACAGAAUCCUUCGCUUGCAUCUCAGAAAACUCGAAUAUAUUCGAUAACA